GUCGAACGCACCCCCGUAAGACAGUUUGACGCACGCGCGAAUUGUUCGUUCGCGAACGCACCCCCCCCCCUCCACCACCACAACCACUAACACACAGACAAAGGUCCCCCGUGUAGCCUCCCCACCGCCACCACGCGGCCGCCGGGGCAAAGUGCAGUUAGCGAGCGCCUAUUGACAGCCGGCGAUGGCGCGCAACGUGGCGGCGGCGGCGGUGCCGGUGCCGGCGCUGCCCUGGACAUCGCCGCGCCCGGCCGCCUUUGUUUCCCCGGCGCCGAUGUUGUCCGCCGCGCGCCAGGCGCCCGUCUGAUGCCGAGCCCGGCGACUCUGCGUGGAGGCCCAGGGGAGCCGCCUUCUGGUGACCGCCACCGAUGGUGGCCGUGAGAGGCGGCGGCGACGGCGGUGGCGAUUCGCGGCCCAACUUCGUCUCCGAACGCCGUGAAGUCGUGGACAGGGCAGCCGGACCCCACCAGCGGCUGCCUGCAGACGUCCCCAACGGGUGGGAAUCCUCUGGGCUGCAAUCGGAUGAGCCGGGGUCUUCUUCUCGUUUGGCGCUGUCGUGCGCAGAGAUGUCGGCUUCGCGGAGAGGCAGAGGACCCGAUGCCGCCCACGUGGAGGUGAAGAUGGAGGAAAACAGCGAUGAGGACAUGGGUGAGGUUAGCAGUGGAGCUACGGGACAGCAGCAUCGGUCACCAUUGAGACGUGUGGGAAAAGAGGGACCUGGAGCUGGGCAAGAGCUCGAGGGGGGGGACGAGGGAUGCGGUGGUGGCGAGGGCUGGCAGGAGGACUGGCACGAGGAACCCAGAAACGUCGCUCUCUCCUGCGUUGAGGUGGAGGACGACUGCCCGGGAGAUGGAGCUGCUGUGGAGAACGGCAAUGCGGAGGAGGAGGGGAGUGGCUGGAGUCAUCGCAUGCCCACAGUCAAUGAGGGCGACGCGGAGGAGAGCAGCGACAGUAGCGAUGAUGAGGAGGACGAGGAAAAGGAAGUGAGGCUGCAAGUGUGCGGGGUUUGCUGGAAGGAGUUCCCCCGGCUGUCUUGCUUGAAGCGGCACCUGACGUCGCACACAGGCGAGAAGGCGUUCCCAUGCAGCGCUUGCGGGAAGCACUUCUCCAGCACGUCGUCGCUCAACAGGCACCGCAAGACGCACGAGGAGGUGAAGCCCUUCGUGUGCACGGUGUGCGAGAGGCAGUUCUCGCACUUGGACUACCUGAGGAGCCACCAGCGCACGCACACCAAGGAGAAGCCCUACGCGUGCAGCAAGUGCGGCAAGGCGUUCACGCGGCUCACGUACGUGAGGGAGCACGAGCAAGCGCACACCGGCGCGAGGCCGUACGCGUGCGAGCUCUGCGGGAAGACGUUUCCCUACAAGACCAACAUGAAGAUACACAUGAAGAAGCACGGCGAGAAGAAGGAGGUGUAACUCCCUUCAAGCCGGGGGCUGGGGAAAUUUCUCCUACCUCUUUUUUCCACUGCGCAACCGGGUCGUGCCGUGGCCAGGCCAUCGCCGGUUGGGUCAGAAGGCGCCAGGUUGUUUUUGAGCUGCCGACGUUUCCGGCAAUGGAAGAAGCCGAGACGUAUGUAGAUACUAAAACUAAACAAUUUUUUUUUCCAGUUAAGGCCCCACUGAGCUAUUUCGCUUUUUCAGAAGCGACCUAGCCACAAAUGAUAGCUCAGGCAAAUGCUUUAAACGCAUGUUGAUUCUAAAUGUGGAGGGGAAAACCAGAGGACCUGGAGAAAAAUACACGCGACUGUGGGGAGAACAUGCAAACUCUAAUUAUACAGACGUCAGGGUCUAGAUCAAACCCAUGUACUCCUGCAUACCAGGCGAGGUAGCUAACAUCUCGCCACUGCGGUGAUGCCGUGUCCUCACAGUGUACCGAUUUACGUCGCAUGUAACCAACGUGUUAUUAAACCUACCCCUGGCCUUGCUUGGCCCCGAGUAAGAUACAGAUGUCUUGUGAAUCCAGUGUAUCACAGUUUGGUAUCAGUUUGACUCGGAACAUAGUGGGAAGCACUGUAUUGUGAAUGCCCUGUGCUGGCUCAGCUUGGAUAUGCCAGUGGAAAAGGGCCGAAGAGGGUUUUAAAAAUUUCCUUUGGCGGGGAUACACAUGAACGCACACCUCGGCGUGUCAACCGAGUGUAACAAAGCCUUCGGGAAAGACAAGCGACUGAGCGCGCGAAACUGAGAAACACGAGCGUUAUUGCCAAGUUGAAAUUAUUCUUUCCCUUGAACCCUAUCAAUGCGGAGUAACAGAUAAAUGGUGUUUGCGGGCCACUUCGAAGUGAUAGGCCUCGUGUUGCCAUGGGGCCGUUCUGAACUAUGAAAUGAAUCGUGGGCGGCAGGUUCCCCACACUUGCUCUAAUGAAACAGGAAUCGUGAUGUCAUCGCCAAAAAGUGAUAGCACAGCUGUUUUUGGAUCGAACAUGUCGGCUGUUUCUUGAAUAAAUACACAAACUGAUUGAAGUUAUAUUUGUACCCAACAUAGCUUCAAGAUCAAGAGUCGUCACGACUAGUGUCCAUCGAUGCCACCACACCUCACCAUCACUGUCUCCCUUCUGCUGGAUACUGGAGCCAUUACAUCGUUAAAAGCCAUCGCCCUCCCCAAGGUUGCGCUGAGUCUAAUCAUCACCACCACCAAAGUUUAAACCUCCCCUUGGUUGCUAGCCUCUGGCUGACACUUCCAAUACAUAUCUCAGCAAUGUAGCCUCCUCCAGCCCACACGUGUUCUCACUAAGUCUUCUUUAUAUACACGUGGAUUUCCAAUUUCAUUAUCUACCGAACUUUACAGUUGCUUAAAGUCUCCUACUAUGAAAUUCCUAGCAACGUGGCAAGUGCUUUCAAGAUGUCGUCUGAAAUUCUCUUACGAUAUUAAGAAGCCACUGGAGUUGUGCACUUUUAAAUCUAAAUCUAAUUUUUUUUUAGAACUGCUUGUGUUUAGUUUGUCUUUCCCCCGCACAUCCGAUGAGCAUGGUUGGCUACGUACGGUGCGAAAGAAGUUCAACUUGCAUAUCUUAAAUCUUAAAACAACCUUGGCAAACAAAUGUUAUUGGAUAGGCUCAACUUUAAUAACAGUGGUUGCCAGUGGACAAAUCCAACGUAGUAGUUCAAUAACUUUGAAGCGUCGUGCUUUCUCGUUUAAUAAAAAAAUGUCCUGCAAGAGAAGAGCCAUGAUAAAUUGGAUCCAUAUUCUUUAGUUCUUUCGGUAAAGUCACGUAGGUAAAAAUAAAACAAAAAUUAAAACAACUAAAUUAAAUCACAACGUUUCGGGCGCAACACAAGCGCCCGUCAUCAGGUGGGACACAACAGUUAUAAACAACUGCGGAACUGGGCAAGAAAUCUGCAGUGAAACAAGACGCUAUAUAAAUAAGAGAGGGGUGGGAGGAGCCAAGGAGGAGAUACAGAGUGGGGGGGGGGGGGGUGCGUGGGGCGGGGCAUAGGAAGAUCAAAGAGAAAAGGGAAGCCACUAAACAUGCUGAACAUGCUGCAAUGGACAACAUGACACUAAACAUGCUGAACAUGCUGCAAUGGACAACAUGACACUAAACAUGCUGAGAUACAGAGUGGGAGGGGGGGGGGUGCGUGGGGCAGGGCUACGUGACUUUACCGAAAGCACCAAAGAAAAUUGGUUUCGGACUCAUUUAAUUGCUCCUCUGCAUGUAAAUCUUUUAAAGGAGAAGUAUUUAUUUAUUGGCUCUGAAGAGAAACCAGAGUUAACUCUUUGCGCCCCCACUCGUUGCUACUUAUGUGAACGCUCCAUUUAAAGCCCUUGAAUCCUUCUUUCGUUGCACAUUCGUUUUGUCAUGUUCCAUUUAAACACAACCGUAAAUUAUCCGAAUACACCUCCCUAUUAGUUCUUACUUUUAUUGGCACUAAAACGUCUAAAACGCUCGAGCUAUUCGUGUAAAUUGAUUGUUUAUUGCGUUAUUUCCAUUACGCAUAAUGGAGUAUUGGAUCAUACUUCACCAUGAUGGUGAGUGUGAGCUGGUGAAAGUGAACAACAUAUCUAUAUGUGGGAGCAUAGUCAGGCACGACUUUGUACAUUGCUACACGCUCCGGUGUUCUGGCCAGAAUAUAUAACAUGUACGGUAAAUAUAAUUACAUUUAGGCUUUUAUUCCGUGAUAAGAAUGCACCCAUAAUAAAUAUUCGCACAAUA